GGCGGCUUACGUCACACAAAUGGCGGACGUUGUAAACAGAGCCAACAGCUUCUCGGAGGCCAAAGUGAAACAUCUUUUUUUAAGAUGAAUACCGUAGAGUUUGAGCGUUUAGAUAGCCUGGAGGGCUGGGUGGCUGUUAAAAGUAACAUAUUUGAAGAACCUGAGACGUUUAAGCUAGGUUUCAUCGUACAGUGGAAUGUUAUCGAGUGUAAGUUUGCGGUCACCUGCCACAACCGGACGUUACAACGGCAAAAACGCAAAGCCGAAGAAGUCGCUUUCGGCGACGUUCAGAUGAGCUGGGCUGGACUCUUCUCCGUGAGCGAUUUGAAACACAUCCAUCAGCAGUUUAUAUGUGUGGCAGACGUCUUGGUAACCUGCUUCCCGGAUUUGUCAGAGUUCGAAGACGGCAACAUUUGGGACUUGCUCUUCCUGAAUCGGAGGUCAGGUCCCGAAGACGAUGAGAGGGAUUUAGACACGCCGUGUAGAAAACUCGAAAAAUACUUCAGCACAGCUAUUGACAUCUGCGGACGAAAGAUUGUGCUCGAUACGUUGUUCACGCAGGAUGAGCGGGAUGUUGAUGAGUACUUUGAAAAUCUACAGGAGUUCAAGAGGAAGACCAUGCAGGAGGAGAUGUCGAGGGCCAAGGCUCACGUACGGCAGCUCCUACAGAGUCAUUGCAGUGCAGACCGAAUGGUUGCGCUGCUUUCCAUCUACGAGGAAGAGGAUGAGGCCUACCAGGACCUGGUCACUGUGGCCACCACUUUCUUCCAGUAUCUGCUCCAGCCUUUCAGGGACAUGAGAGAGCUGGCCUGCCUCUACAAGAUGGAGAUCCUGAAGUCUUUGGAGUUUGAGGACUUGGGUCCUAAGAGAAUCGCAGCUCUUGAGAAGGAGGCGGAGGAUUGGAGAACGAAAGCAGAAGAUGCAGUCGCCUCAAUUCAGGACAUCACUGUCACCUACUUUGCACAGACUUCAAAGGCUCUGGCUGGUAUGUUAAAGCAGAUGGAGGAAGAUAAGUGUCGUUUUGGAGCCGCUGCCUGGGCGUCUGCAGCUCCAAGACUGGAGAAACUACGCUUCCUUCUGGCCAAAGAAACCCUGCAGCAUAUGAGAGCUACGGAGAUGUGCCUCAACCGCAAGAAAGACGGCAUCAGAGAAAGGUUGGGCGGCCUGUCUGACAGAGUCAAGAGCCACAAAACUGAUUCCAGGUCUGCGUCUAAGUACGUUCAGCAGCAGGACACAGUGGACGAGCUGGAGCUGGAAUUCUAUGAAACUCAACUAGAACUGUACAACACCAAGUUUGAGAUCCUGAAGAAUGAGGAGCGGCUGCUGGUGGCUCAGAUAGACACACUGCGACGGCAGAUUAAAGAACUGAAGGAGGAGGUGGUGUACUAUGAUGUGUGUGAGGAUCCAGAGGAGCUGCAGAGCAUGGUCCACACAGGUAUUCAACCAACGGACUCUCCGGCUGUCAGUCUGCUCAAAAGACGCCUACAGACCUUGGAGACCAAGAGAGGCAACAUCUGUGCCCGACGAGCUUAUCUCCGCAACAAAAAGGAUCGGUGCAUAGAGGCCAACGAGCAGAAGAGGCUGCCCGCCAAGCAGAGCUCCAUACUGUUCAACCAGCAUCAUCACGUCCACCUGAAACGAGAGAAGAGGAAAGAGGAGGAGCAGCAGAGGAAACAGUGGGUGGACCUGGAACGAGAGAAGACUCUGAGCAGAUUACGAUCCUUCAGAGAGAGGCGGCAGGGCCAGUACAUGCUGAAGACUCCUCAUUCCAGGAUGUCUCCUUCAGAAGUCCCAGUUCCCUCCCAGCCGCUGUCCAUCAUCAGCCUCGGCCCCUCAGAAGGACCCCCCUCUGUCCGUCCUGCACCCAACAAACGGCAGCCUAAAGACAUCCCUGUCCAAAUCUUCUCUGCACCGCCACCGCCAACAGCCACCUGUCCUACUGCACCUCCUCCCCCACCCCCACCACCACCACCACCUCCCCCCCCACCACUGCCCCCUGCCAUAGCUCCUCCACCUGUCCGAGCUUCACCUUCUUCUGAAGACAAACCAAUGCCUCUCAGUGAAAAAGAGGACCCUCCUUUUCCAGCCAAGAACAUGCUCAAACAAAAUAUAGGAACAAUGGAUCAAGUGUUGGCCUCAUUGCAACGUGGACAGAUACAACUUCGAAAGGUCCCCGUUCCCAGCGCAGCGUCUCCUGCUGGGGACUCGAGGAGCAGUCUGAUGUCUGCCAUCCGACUGGGAGUCACCCUGAAGAAGAUGGUUCGCGCACACGACGAAGUCCCGAGCGGCGGAGACAACGAGCUGGAGCGCAGCAUCAAAGCCGCCAUGAUGAGGAUGAAGAAGGUGGCAGCCGACUCUGACGAGGAUGACCGAGGAGACGACGAGACACACAACACAGACUGGGACAGCUGAGAACUAGGCGCUGCACAAUUAAUCGAAUAUUAAUCGUGAUCACGAUUUUGGCUUCCCACAAUUAAAUGCACAUGAUAGACUGCGAUGUUGACCUCUGCACACAUCAGACCGCUCGGUUUAUAACUACUCAGCCAGAUAAUUUCUCCGCUCUCGGCUGAGAUGGACGGCAUAGUGCUGCAGCGUUUUCAGUUUUCUGUUAAUUUAUACAGUAUUAACACGAUUACAUUUCUAGUGUUUACACUGUAUGAAUUAGCCCAGGGCCUAGCGGACGUUUAGCUAGCGGCUUAAUCCUGACAGAACACCACCGUGAAUUUCAGUCUGCAUGCACGUUUUUUUCAGCUUAACAUUGUUGAACCGGAGCAGCUAAUAUUGUUAGUGAGAGCAACAAGUUAGCGGACUGACGAGUCGUCACUGCUGUGUGUGUGUGUGAGGAGAGAAACGCCAGUAAUUGACACUAAAGACUCACACUGAGCUGAAAUGAAAACACUGUGCUGCGACAUGUCUUUUGAUUUUAAUCAAAUGCAUUAAUUUUUAGGGAUUCUGUUAUUCCACAGCAUUGAAGGAAAAAAACAAACAAAAAAAAAAAAAAAAAUCUACCCAACCAACGAAUAUCCGAAUAGUCCAGCCCUACUUAUUUUGAUGCAAAGAUUUGUACAUUAGCAGGAAUGUAGCACAACAAGUGAAAGCAGUGCUCUGUUUAUUUGAAUGUAAAAGUGCAAUAAAAAUCAUUGAAUAAUCGUGGUAAAUGAUCGUGAUGCCAAUAUUGAUUAAAAAUAAUCGUGAUUAUCAUUUUGGCCAUAAUCGUGCAGCCCUACCGAAACCACACACACACACCGAUGAGGCUGUUCUCUUACUUUUUUUUUCUUCUUUUUUUUCUUUUUUUUUUCUUUUAGGAGUACUUUAUUCGAACAUGUAACAAAACCAAAAUAAAAAAUAUAUAUACAUAUAUAAAAUUAAAAUGACAGAUAAAUAAGGACAUGUACUUCUCAGCACAAUCUACCAAAAUUUUUAUAAAUAAUUCAAAUAUGAAAUUCCCAUGUUCAAAAAGGAGUAGGAAGAAUAUGAAAAACGUGAAGAAAACAUAGUUUUCUUCACGGUUCCGAGCUACAGUUUGCCAAAUUUUUACCAAAACGUUUCCUUUUAGACACGGAUGGGAUUACGCCUCUUCUGACUUAAACAUUGCAGUUUUCAGAAUAGCCCUGAGAUGUUGUAAUGAAUCCAAAACCGCUCGAAUCCAACCAACCAGCUAGGUCAGUAUCAGGAUUUAGACUCCUCUAAAGCAGCUGAUUUGCAGAAAGCCCAGAGCGAAUGAGGCGUUGUGCUUCACCGCUCAUUAAGAAGAAGCAGUAGUGCUGUAGUACAAUGUGUAAAUGAUUGAAUUUCUCCCAAAUCGCCAUCUGAAGGCCUUUUUGUGAGACUGUCACACAGCAGGGGAAGCCAAUGCUGCAGGCAGAGACGACCACACUACACAACUCCACUGUCACAAAUACUGAUUUACUCACAUUGCUGAGUCUAAAUUAGAUUGACUUCUAUUAUUUUGAAAGUAAUUAAAUCUGAACAAUUAUUUAUUUUUACUUGACUUUACCCCAAUAAGGGCUACAGCCAACUGGUUUUUGUAGUUGCGUUGUGCAUUUUAUUCCUAAACAAAGGUGAGUUAUAUCCUGAAGUGCAGCAGUGUUAAUUAUUUACAGCCUACAUGCCUGAAGUCUGCGUCAUUGUUUGUAAUUGAUGCACUGUUUUUCUUUUUGUGUCAGAAAAGCGUGAAUGUGUUGGGCUUAAUUUAGGCGCAACUUAUACAUAGUCUGUUCAUUUUUUUCUCUAUGAUGCCAUAACAACCAUUACAUUAUCUUUUAUAAAUAACCAAAAUGUCUUUUUAGUUAUGGAAUUACUCUUCGGUGUGCACAGCUCUGCCUCUAGUUGUGGUUGAAUGCUCUGAAACGGUUUGCAGACAGGUUAUUGAUAAUUAGGGCAAACUUUGCACUUUGAAUCUGUGACACUGAGCACUUACCUGAAAAGACCAGUUCAUAAUGUAUUAUGUAUAAAAAAAAAAAUACAAUACUGUAUGGCAAGACAUAAUGAUUAAUUGCUGCAAAGAUAUGAAACUUGUUCCAGUGUGUUGCAGACGAGCUGAUGAAGGCUGCGGCUGAAACCCACUUGUACUGCUGUGUUUUAAUAAGAAAUAAAGAGAUCCUAAACAUGAA